AUGGUCGCUAAGGAAUUCCUCGACUCGGACAGAGUCAACUUUCUUGUUUGGAGAUUCCUUCUCGAAGGCAAUUACCGAGAGACUGCCGCAAAGUUUCAAAAGGAGUGGCACGUCAAACAGCCUCAUAGAGAGUUCGCUUUUGCGCGUCACGUAAAGAGUCACGCAUUGGUUUCCGUCAUUAAUCGCGGCCUCCAAUACCACGCGCUCGAACGUGAGCAUGCACGGAAACUGCUGCCUCAGGAUGCUUCAGCAGAAGAGGCUGAAGAGUUGCAUUAUGGUAUUUUCGGACCUUUAGACGCGCAUCCACAGGGCAGAAUCGAAGAGGACGAGGAGGAAGACGCCGAAGGGGAGGAGGUUAUUGAAGAGGAGUUAUCAAGGAAACGACCUCAGCAAAUAUCGAAUGGAUCGCCAGCGACGAAGCGGCAAAGGUUAAGCAAUGGUUUGGAAAAUGGCGCCGAUGCACCGGCAGCAGUACCGGUACCCGCAUCAGGUCCAAUGAUAGCAUCAACAACAGGAGCAGGAACAGCAGCCGCGACAACAGCAGCACCGGCUCCCGCGACGACUCCUAUGGAAAUUGACAACCAGCCCGACAAUCACGCAUAUCCUUCGCCUCUAGAGGGUGAGCAGGCACCAGAGCCAAUGGUGCGAACUGACGGGCCUGAACAGGGCACACAAGUUGAUAAGGUUGAGGAGCUGGCUCCCGAGACGACGUUUAUUCGCUUGAUGGACGACCAAAAUGAAGGCCAAGGUCGGGGAGCUACACCAUCGCCACCUUCACCUUCUGGACCCGACAACGCUCCCAUCCUUUUGCAGUGCGAGUGGAACCCAAGAGACCCGUCUAUCCUCGCGGCUGCUGGCACGGAUGCGCUAGCCCGUGUUUGGAGUAUCGCGCGCGCGGGCCCCGUUGAACCGGGACAAGAUCACGUGUCACCCCAAGGCCAUUCCCUACUCGACCGUGACGUACCCCGCGAUACGACAGUCACAGCCCUGUCGUGGACCGCAGAUGGUGCUGCUAUCGCAGUAGCCACAGAUUCAAAAAACCAGGCUUCGAUCAACGUGUGGUCUGCUGAGGGUGCGCAUCUACAGUCUAUGGAAGUGUCGGAGCCACCUAUCAUCAAACUCUCAUGGAACCCUAUCAACACUGCACUCCUCGCCAUCUCGCCGGACAAGGGUGGUGCUCUUGUCACCGUACACUACCCGCCCGCUGGGAAUUCUCUGUCAUAUCUCCUUUCUGGUCACGACAUCGCGGCUACGCCCCUUGAUGCCGUCUGGACUGGCGAUGCAGAGUUCUUGCUGUGUGGUGGCGACCUUAUGCUAUGCCUGCAAUGCACAGACACAACAAUAGUUCAAGCUAGGAAAUUUGAGACCAAGGAGGACGAUAGCUUCACCCAAGUACUUUUUGAUGGACGAUCAAGACUAGCCGCUACGUCUAGCGACAAGGGCAUACUUGAUCGAAGGUCUAUUUCUGCACACCAAGGUGCUAUCACCACGAUGCAGUGGCAGCCUAUUCCUGAGUCCCAUCAAGGAGCUGACGACGAGCGACUGAUCGCAACUGGAGGAGACGACUGCGCUAUACUUAUUUGGAAUGCGCGAAUGCCUAAGAGCAAACCAAAGUGCUUCUUGACUAUGGAUUCUCCAAUUAUGAGGCUCGCCUUCACACCGGACGGCGCUUUUAUCGCGGGUGCGACAUCGACACAGGUCUUGAUUUGGAAAGUCGGAAGCCACGCCGUUCCUCGUGCAAGUUGGAGCAGGCCAGUGCAUCCUGGCUGGCUAAGUCCCAAGGCUAACACAGAUGCUGACGAGGAAGAUGAGCACUGUUUAUGCUGGGAUGCUGAUGGCCAGAAGCUUGCUUAUGGUUCCAACAGCAGAAUGACAAGGGACCAACGCAAUUAA